AUGUCGACGGGCGGCGGCACCAAGAACCCAUUUCCAUCCACCUGGCCUCCUCUCGUACCAGCUGGCCCAACCACCUGGCCCCCGACGCCUUCAGCUCCCAUGCCAUCUGCCACUCCAUCAGCUGAGUGUGUGGCCACGCCCCCAGCAGGUGUAUAUGGCUACUUCCCAGCAGGUGUACGUGUAUGCCACGCCCCCAGCAGGUGUACGUGGCCACGCCCCCAGCAGGUGUACGUGGCCACGCCCCCAGCAGGUCCCUAUAUGGUACCCACUAUAUUGUAUUUACGCUGUGUUGACGCCCGCACUGGAGACUUACGCCACCCCACUGCACACUCACACCCCGCUGAGACUCACGACUCCCCGCUGGAGACUCACGACUCCCCCGCUGGAGACUCGCUCCCCCCGCUGGAGACUCACGACUCCCUCGCUGGAGACUCACGACUCCCACUGGAACUCACGACUCGCCCCGCUGGAGACUCAUGCCCCCUUCCUCACAGUUGA